AUGGCGGACGAGGAGGCCGAGCGGGAGAGCGGCGGCCCGGGCGGAGACCUCCUGGAGCUGCGGCGCCUGCGGGAGAGGCUGCUGGAGCUGGAGACGGGGCUGCGGGAGAGCCGCGAGCCGGCCGUGCAGGCGGCCACCGAGUACUGCAAGCUGCUCUGCCAGACUUUAUUGGAAUAUGCAGAAAAGUGGAAGACAUCAGAAGAUCCUUUGCCUCUGUUGGAGGUAUACACGGUGGCUAUCCGAAGUUAUGUUAAAGCACGACCUUACCUUACCUCUGAGUGUGAAAAUGUAGCCUUUGUGCUUGAACGUUUAGCACUAAGCUGUAUUGAACUUCUACUGUGUCUGCCUCUGGACUUACCUGAAAAUAAAUGGGAAGAAUUUCAGGCUUUUGUACAGGUGGCUCAUCAAAACUUGAUGGAAAAUGGCAGCCGGGAACUGCACAUUUUAACAACACUUACACAGGAGAAGGGAGUGUGGAAGAACCCAGUAUUGUGUGGCAUUCUGUCCCAGGAACAGUUGGACCCAGAUAAAGUGAAUGAAUUUUUACUGUCAGAAGGCCCUGUCCUGCUGGAUAUGCGUAUUAAGCACCUAAUGAAAACAAAGCAAUUAACACAAGCUACUGCCCUGGCAAAACUCUGCUCUGACCACCCAGAAAUCAGUGCAAAAGGCAAUUUCAAACAAACCUACUUGGUCUGUCUUUGUUCAGGAUCACCAAAUGAAAGGCUAAUGGAAGAAAUUGCAGAAGUAGAUUGCAAAGAUGCUCUAGAAAUGAUCUGUAACCUUGAAUCUGAUGGAGAUGAAAAAAGUGCUCUAAUCCUAUGUGCAGCAUUUCUAUCUCGCCAGCUGCAGCAAGGGGAGAUGUACUGUGCCUGGGAACUGACUCUUUUCUGGAGUAAACUGCAGCAAAGGGUAGAGCCUUCUAUUCAAGUGUAUCUAGAGAGAUGUCGUCAACUUUCUGUGUUAACUAAGACUGUUUAUCACAUUUUCUUCCUGAUUAAAGUAAUUAAUUCAGAGAUUGAUGGUGCUGGACUUGCAACCUGCAUUGAACUGUGUGUGAAAGCAUUGCGCUUGGAAUCCAGUGAAAAUGCAGAUGUCAAGAUAUCUAUUUGCAAGACUAUCUCCUGCUUACUUCCAGAUGAUUUGGAGGUGAAACGUGCUUGUCAGCUGAGUGAAUUUCUUCUGGAACCCACUGUGGAUGCAUAUUAUGCUGUCGAAAUGCUAUAUAAUCAGCCUGACCAGAAGUAUGAUGAAGAGAAUCUUCCAAUACCAAAUUCUUUGCGCUGUGAGCUCUUACUUGUACUGAAAACUCAGUGGCCUUUUGAUCCAGAGUUCUGGGACUGGAAAACUCUAAAGCGUCAGUGUCUGGCACUUAUGGGAGAGGAGGCAUCCAUUGUGUCAUCCAUAGACGAACUAAACGAUAGUGAAGUUUAUGAGAAGGUCGAGGAUGACCAAGAAGAUAGUAAAGAAACUUCUCUGAAUGGGCUUGCUGGCAUCGAUGAGGCUACCAGCCUUCUUAGGGGUAUCAGAGAUGAAAAGCAGAAAAAGAGAGAAAUCAAAAAACUCAGAGAGAGGGGGUUCAUAUCAGCUAGAUUUAGGAACUGGCAAGCUUACAUGCAGUAUUGUGUGUUAUGUGACAAGGAAUUCCUAGGUCAUAGAAUAGUUAGACACGCACAGAAACAUUAUAAAGACGGAAUUUACAGUUGCCCUAUUUGUGCCCAAAAUUUUAAUUCUAAAGAAAACUUUGUUCCCCAUGUAACUUUGCAUGUGAAAAAAUCUAGCAAAGAGAGAUUGGCUGCUAUGAAACCACUGAGGCGACUGGGAAGACCUCCUAAAAUAACACCUGCCAAUGAGAAUCAGAAAACUAAUUCUGUAUCCAAACAGGAGCAGCGACCCAUUAAGAAGAACAGUCUCUAUUCAACAGACUUCAUUGUGUUUAAUGAUAACGACGGCUCAGAUGAUGAAAAUGAUGACAAAGAUAAACCUUACAUACCAGAGAUAGUGCCAGUUCAAAAGUCACCUCCUGUUAAUGAAUUCACCUGCCCUGUAACACUUUGUAAAAAAGGCUUUAAAUAUUUUAAAAAUCUAAUAGCACACGCAAAGGGCCAUAAAGAUAAUGAAGAAGCUAAACGUUUUCUUGAAAUGCAAAGCAAAAAAGUGAUUUGCCAGUACUGUAGACGACAUUUUGUAAGUGUUACUCACCUGAAUGAUCAUUUACAAAUGCACUGUGGCAGCAAGCCUUAUAUCUGCAUACAGAUGAAAUGUAAGGCUGGCUUUAACAGUUACGCAGAGCUGCUGACCCAUAGGAGAGAGCAUCAAGUCUUCAGAGCUAAGUGUAUGUUUCCCAAAUGUGGCAGAGUAUUUUCUGAAGCCUAUUUACUCUAUGAUCAUGAAGCACAACACUAUAACACCUAUACCUGCAGAGUCACAGGCUGUGGGAAGGUGUACCGCUCGCAGAAUGAACUGGAAAAGCAUGUUGAGGAUCACAACAAGCAGCCUGAAAAAGAAGAGCAGCCUGAAAACCAAAUUGAUCAGCCUGAUCUUAGUCAGCCUUCUAAAGCUAAUGAAAGUACUGAUGGAGUUGCAGUUAAAGAGGAAUUGACAAUUCCUCCAGCUGAAAACCAAAGCGGUUUCAUUGAAGGAGGAAACGUCUGGAACCAAAUCAAAGCAGAGCCAGUAGGGAAUGAAAGUGUAAAUGCGUCGGUGAGUGUACUGCAGCAAAGCAAUUCCUUGCCUAAUGCUGGUUCAGAGCAGUCUCCUAUGGGUUCAAUAAAGACAGAACAAACAGUUCCAGCAGGCAGCAUUAAGCUGUCUGUUGUUAACCAGAAGAUCCGAGAUAACUUUGUAAAAAGAGGUAAAUUGGCUGCUACUGCCAGUGAAGUAGAUACCGCUAAACCUGGAGUCCAGCAGUUGUGCCCAUCAGUUGACUCUUGUCUUCCAGUUUUCCAAGACAGAAAGGAGGAAGGCUGUGUCAGUCAGACUCAGAAUAUUCAGACUGUUUCUGUGACCUCAGACACAUUAAAACCAGAAGCCCUUGAAUCAAAAAGCUUAGAAAGACAAGUGAGCAUUGUAAAUCCAUUCAGCAUGCAGAAUCAGACAGGGUAUCGGAACAGUGUACCCAUUUCCAAACUUGAAAUUGAAGACAGUAUUAAAGCUGCAGCUAAUCUAUAUAACCUGCCUUUAAAAACUUUAGAAAGUAUUACACUGAUUCCAUCACAGCCUAACAUAAAUAGCUCUUUAGUUCCAGCUGUAUCACCAGCAGCCCCAGUUCAGAAAUUUAAUUGUCAGGUUGAGGGGUGUACUCGAACAUACAAUUCAUCACAGAGCAUUGGCAAACACAUGAAGGCAGCACACCCUGAUGAAUACGCUGCUUUUAAAAUGCAGCGCAAAAAUAAGAAACCACGAAAAUCUAGCAAUCUGCAAAAUGUGCAGAAUGAUGGGAAGAUUGUAUAUCUUACACCAUCACAAGUGGGCGAUCCCAGUGGUGCUGCUUUUACUGCACAGAACAAAUCAAAUUUGAAUCCAGCCUGUUCCAGUCAAGUGCAGCAUGUCUCAAGUACUCUUUUCCCAACCCACCUGGAAAAUCUGGCAAAUCCUAUGUUGCCUAUGGUGGAAAGUGUCAUAAAUCCAAAUUUGUCUACUCGUAUUAAAAGUGAGCCUGAGAGUGUUUUGUGUUCACAAAUGGAAAAUUUGUCUGCUGCAACCUUACCUUCCCAGUUGGAUGAUCUGGCAAAAAGAGUUAUGCCUCUGAAUAUUGAUGGUGGUUCUGAUCCUUUUCUUCCUUUGCCUGCAGAAAAUGGUCCAAUGUCUCUCUUUCCUUCGUCAGCAGAGAAUCCUCCAAAUUCAGUCUUCUCACAACUGGAAAAUAACACAAAUAACUUUUCUUUGCAACUAGAAGGAAACACUAGUUCUACCUUCCCAAAAGAGGAAAGUGUUGAUCAAGUAUUUCCCUCACAAUUGAGUAAUGAAAAUAACUUCAGUGAAACUAGUUCUCAGCAUCCAGCUUCAGAAAAGGUGAAAAAAGAUCGUGGCAGGGGCUCAAAUGGGAAAGAAAGGAAGCCAAAACACAACAAGCGGGCAAAGUGGCCAGCUAUAAUUAGAGAUGGCAAAUUUAUCUGUAGCAGGUGUUUCAGAGUUUUUACUAAUCCUAGAUCACUUGGUGGUCACUUAUCUAAGAGGUCUUAUUGCAAGCCUCUUGAAGGAUCAGAAAUUUCUCCAGAAGCUCUGCAGGCUAAUGGACAAUCUUUGCUUGCCAGUAUGAUUCUUUCUUCAAAUUCAUUAAGCUUGCAGCAACCCCAGGAGUCUACCUUCAAUCCAGAGACGUGCUUUAAAGAUCCAUCAUUCCUCCAGUUACUUGCAGCUGAAAAUCGUUCCACACUGCAGUCUAUGUUUCCACGGGCCAGUGUGACUAACUUUAAUACCAAUGGGAAUGAGGAAGGUAAUCAAAUCAUAAAACAAGCCUUGGAAACUGCAGGCAUCCCGAGUAGCUUUGAUAACACAGAAGUACUUCCACGUGUGGUUACAACAAGUUGUGUCUCUGGUACCACUCAGAUAAAUGCAGCUGUUCUCCCCAACUCAGCCGCACCCUCUCUGCUGCAGACAGUCUGUAACCCCAGUACCCUGCUGACAGACCAAAACAGGACCCUCAAUGCCAAAAUUCCUCCACUAAAUGAAUGCAAGAGUUUGCCGGUUUUUGCAGCAGAGGACUUAAUGCUAAAGACCAUUGAAAAUGACUUGUGUCCUAGCUCGUAUUCUAACACUGUUGCAGCAGCGCAAAACUUUGCAGGGAACAGUUCACGAGUUUCAGUUAUAAGUAGUCCUAAGAAUUCAGGAUCAAGCAGCUUGAAUAAGAAGGGAGCCAGCUCUUCAAAGAGGAAGAGAAAAACACCUACACCCCUGCUUGUGCCCAAUACAUCACAGAAAUUAGCAGUAAACAAUGCAACAGUAAUGGGACUUCUAACCAAAAGCACUGAAGGAAACAUGCAAGUACAGGGAGAAAGUUUUAAGUCCAACUUGCUGACAAAUUGUGGCUCUCAAGCUGUGGUGGAAAACCUUGCACAGAAACUCAAUAAUGUUGACAAUCGGCUAUUCAUGGCCAGUAUCAAAGAGAAUUUCAAAACAAAUCUUGAGGCUCAUACAGUUCUGCCUCCUUUAACAGUAAAAACUGAAAAUGGGGAUUCCCAAAUGAUGGCUGCAAAUUCUUGUGUGCAGGCAAAUUCGGAAGAACAGAUUUCACAGGACAGUGUUAUGCAGAACUUUGAAAAAACCCUGGAAAUAAUUAAAACUGCUAUGAAUUCACAGAUGCUUGAAGUAAAAACUGAAAUUCAGGAUACUGUUGCUAUUUCAGGACAGAACUCGCUAGUAAAUAACACCCAGGCUGCUUCAGAAAGUUCUGCGCACAGUGUAAAACUACCUACUUCUACACAGUUUGCUGUGCAAACAGGGAAUGUUACUGCUGCAAAGAGUAGCUCUGCUCAGUCUGAGAUAUCUCAAAAGGAUGAUACUCAAAUAUCAUACAUUUUGGAAGGCUUGCAAAAACUGAAGCUAGAAGAUGAUUCUCCCAUUCCCAUCUCUGAGACUGUUUCUCAGUGUCCUCCAGCUGAUAAGCUAGCACCAGCAGUUCCUGUUUUGUCAAUUGAAAAUAAACCCCUCAUCCAGCUAUCUCCAGAGGCAAGUAACAUUCAGUUUAGCGAUAGAGUUAAUAAACCAUUUGUAUGUCAGAGUCCCGGCUGCAAUUACAGUGCUAUGACAAAAGAUGCGUUAUUUAAACACUAUGGCAAGAUCCAUCAGUACACUGCAGAAAUGAUACUCGAAAUAAAGAAACAUCAACUGAAGUAUGCCCCAUUCAAAUGUGUUGUAGCUACCUGUCCAAAAACAUUCACAAGAAACUCUAAUCUCCGAGCACACUGUCAGCUUGUACAUCAUUUUACAACAGAGGAGAUGGUUAAAUUAAAAAUUAAGAGGCCUUAUGGCAGAAGGUCUCAAAAUGAAACUGUAAACACAGUCCCACAACCUGUUGAAAUUAAAACUGUGCAGACACUAGUAAUAGAAAACAAAGCUGUAGCUCCAUUGGUCAAAGAAACUCAGAUAAAGGAAGUUGUAGAGCCUGUAAAAGCAUUGGAAAAACUUCUGCCAGAAAAUAAUAUUCCUGAAAGACUAGAAAAACCUCCCCACGUGGUUUCUGUUCCACUGGAACACAACAAUCCAGCAUCUUUUGACAGCACGCAGGAACAAGCCAAAGUACGCAAGGUUAGGAAGCACAGGAAAGAGAAAGAGGAGCGGAAUGGUAGGAAGCCUGUAACAAAAUCUCUGGAGUUUCCCACUAGAUAUAGCCCUUACAGGCCAUACCGGUGCGUCCAUCAGGGCUGCUUUGCAGCUUUCACAAUACAACAAAACCUAAUUCUUCAUUACCAAGCUGUGCACAAAUCAGACCUCCCUGCUUUCUCUGCUGAGGUGGAGGAGGAGAAUGAGCAAGGCAAAGAGGAACACGAGGAGGUGGAAACAAAACCUGCUGUCAGAGAGUUCAGGUGUGAGGUGAAUGACUGCUCUCGCAUCUUUCAGGAAGUUACCAGCUUGAUACAGCAUUAUAUGAAGCUUCAUGACAUGACCCCAGAGCAGAUCGGAAACAUGAAAUCAGCCCCAGAGGUGGGAAGGUUUUUUUGUGACCAGUCUCAGUGCAAGUCUUCGUUUACAGCAUAUCUUAACUAUGUUGUGCAUCUUGAGACAGAUCACAGUGUUGAGAUAAAGCCAAACAAAGUAGAAGAUGAUGGCAUGUUCAAAUGUGAUUGUGAAGGCUGUGAUCGUAUUUAUGCUACUAGGUCUAAUCUCUUGAGGCAUAUUUUUAACAAACAUAAUGACCGGCAUAAAGAUCAUCUAAUAAGACCCAGGAGACUGACACCAGGCCAGGAAAACAUUUCAAGCAAAGCAAAUCAGGAGAAACCAUUGAAAUCUAAACAGAGAGGACUCAAAAACAGAUCGGGAAAAGAAGGUAACAGGCUGUCAGUGAAAACAAAACGGAAGAAGAAUGUCAACUUGGAAAACAAAAACUCAAAAGGAAUACAGGUUCAGGAAAAUAAGGCUUAUUCACUGAAACGUGGCAAGUAUGUGUAUUUAAUAAAGGCCAGAAACGAAGCCUUAUCGGAAUGUACAAGCAGGUUCAUAACUCAGUAUCCAUGUAUGAUAAAGGGAUGUUCGUCUGUAGUCACAAGUGAAAGUAACAUAAUAAGGCAUUAUAAAUGUCACAAACUGUCCAAAGCUUUUACUUCUCAACACAGGAAUCUUCUUAUUGUAUCUAAAAAACACUCUGUGCCCCAAGUAAGGGAAGCCUCUUGUGAGCAGGAGGAAAUUGAUAAAAAGGCUGAUGCGAAAGAGCCUGAACCGAGUUUGAUAGCAAGCAAUAAUGAUACAAGCACAACUACCUUACCACAAAAGGAAACUGAAAAAGGUGAGAAGGAUGAAGUGGAUGAACUGACAGAACUAUUCAUUACUAAACUAAUUAAUGAGGAUUGUUCAACUGCUGAAAAUCAAGCAAAAAUCUCUUCCAGUGUAAAUAGUGACUUGCAGGAGACUAGCUCCUGCCCCUCAGAGAAGCAAAAAUCAAACAACCUGAAAAGAGCAAAUAAAGAAAAAAAUGUAUCUCAGAGUAAGAGAAAGAGAGCUGAAAAAACAGAGGAAGCACUGCCCAGUGGUACGAGUAGCCUGCACAAGGAGGAAGAGACUGCUGUCGCCAUUCAAACGGCUGAAGAGCAACCGGCAGCUUUUGAUUGGAGUUCAUUCAAGCCAAUGGGUUUUGAAGUGUCAUUCCUUAAGUUCCUUGAAGAAUCUGCUGUGAAGCAAAAGAAAAACUCUGAAAGAGAAUACCAUAGCAGUGGAACCAAAAAAGGAUCCCAUUCAAACUCACGGAAAGCCAGUGAGAAGGCCCCCGUAGCAAGUGAUAAUGUCACUUGGUCGUGUUCUGAAACUGAAACCCUUGUACCGUUUGCCAACCCAUCACGGCUUCCAUGUGGUGAUAAUGUAAAGAUAGUGUUAGACAAGACUCUUAAAGACUUCACUGAGCGUGUGUUGAAGCAGCUUCAGGAAAUGAAACCUAUUGUCAGUUUGAGAAAGCUCGAAGGACGUUGGGAGGAUAAUCCAGAGGUUAUAGCUGCAAAAGUAAUUGUUUUGGGUACCGAGGAAGGGGAAUCAAAAUACUGAAAACCUAAUGUGUUUAACCAUGACCUGUAAUAGAAUUUAUUUUGAAUAGGAAGCCAUCAAGCAUGCUAGUAACUGUGGAGCUCUUUUAUUUUGAAGUGAUUUAAUCUAGAAAAAACAUGACAUGAGUCAUGUAAAUGUCUUAUUUGUUUUUAUCCCUAUGGGACUUGAAGAAAGUAAUUGCUUCAGUUUUGUAAAUACUUGAUCAAGACCUCAACUUUCUAUCAGAUUGUCCUUUCCAUAAACUAAAUCUUUGUGAGUUGUCCGUGAUUGGUAUCUUUCACCAGGUUACUUCUCAUGUAUAACAGUUUUCUUUAUUUGUAGAUACAUUUUUUGUAUAUAUUUAUUAUUGUAAAUCAUUUGCUGCCACCAGCAGUCUGUAAGUCUAAACUAUUAAAUGACACAUUUAUAUUCGGAAUUUUAAUUUGUAACUAAGUGAGCAAGUUUUUAAAACUGUCCUUUAAUCAUUUUAAAUUAAGAAGUUUUGGACUAAAGCUAGCUAAGUCUGCCAUAUCCAGUUUAUUUUGCAUAAAUCAUUUAUUUACAGAAGAAAAGCUGGAUAAGAUCACAUUUCAUAGGUUAAACGUUACUGACACGCUCUCAUUUUUGUAAAUUUUAACAUCCAGUAUCUAUGGAUGAUAUUCAUAUGUAGUUAACACAUAAAUAUAAUAGUUUUCUUAUAGCUACAUUUUUCAUUGCUUUUAAUUGGUUACAAAGCAUUUAUGAUUCCAUAAUAAAAAUGGAAAUGUGAAUAAAAAUAGUUUGCUACAUUGAAGAUUUAAAACAAUAUUUGGUAUUAAAGAAUCCGUUGUGAAUGUGAUAGAAAAUUAGUAGUGUGGAGCAGUGUAUAUAUUUGAGGUGGUGAUUUGUGAAGUAGCCCAGUAUUGCCUUAAAUAAAAACACAUUUCAUUUCUUGUUUUAUACAUGUGAUCUUAUAAAGGUUAUUUUUGUUUCUGUAACUUAGAUUGGUGUAUAGUUUAAUUUUUGUUAAAAAAACAAAACAAAACAAAAAAACUUCAGAAACCGUUUUUGUAAAUAGUGGGUUUAUAAAACAGAUGGGUUUAUUUUGAUAAUACCAGUUUGGUAUCUAUCUAUAAAAUACACAAAUCCUUAUGCCAUACCAUUAAAACCUAAAUAAACAAGGCACUUUCUGAAAGGGAAGUGAGAUGGUGAUCUUACAGAUAAACUCGGUGGUCGUGCUCUGUUGGUGGCAUAGGCUCCCUUUGCGCUCCUCUGCCUCUCGCUGACUGUAUGUGGCACCACUCACAACCUCUCUUUUCCACACUGGAACGAGCCUCAGAAGCGGUGCUGCUUGUAGUGCCCGGGAUUGGAGCAAUUCCUCUGUAUGCUGCUAACUGAAAUGACAGGUAUCCCGUUUGUUGAGUAACCAAAAGUGUGAAUGCAUUGGUGGGAGCUGUCAGUACCCAAGAAUCUUCAGCAUUGGUUUUCAUGCGUGGUUAUGUUUGACUUGGCCAGCUGGAUUGUGUGGUACCAAAAGCUUUUCUUGGAUUAUUCUCAUUGCCGGAUGUCACCUACCUUCAGUAAUAUAAAACAGUCUUUAUCUUGGGUGAGAUUGGCUUGAUUUUUUUUUUUUUUUUUUCCCCCUAUAAACUUGUCUUGCUGUGUAAAGCUUUUGUAUUAAAUGCUAGAUUUGAUUGCUUGUAAGCUAUUCACCUGGAAUCUCUGACAGUUUUCCUGAAUAUCAGUGCAGAGGGCACCCUCCUACAACCAAAUGAAGUGACUUGUUGCGAGAGUGAGGAUUAUGUGUGAACAGCAACAGCAUUUUGCCUUGGGCACAGCCCUUGGUUUGCUACAUGGUGCUAAAUUGCUUACCUUCACGGAAAGCCUGUGCUUCCAUUUGAACAGAGCCUGUCGGCUCCUCUCACUUUCCAUCCCUCCCAAGUGACCAAACUCUUAUUAUGCCACAUUAGUAAAUCAAAGGUGCAGUCUGAGAACGAUAAAACCAAAACAAACCCUUGCUUUUUGACUCUUAAGAGUGAUCAUUAUAAUCAUUACAAGUACACGGUGCCAUUUCCUACCUGCCAGAGGCUGCUGGUUCCCCUGGAUGGAGCUGCUGUUGGAUACCAGCCACGGUGAUUGUAGAGGGAACCUUCUGCAGGGGAGAAGAGGGCAGAGAUCCUCUGGAGAGGAUCCUCAAAGCUCACCUGGAUUGCCGUGUUUUCAGCCACACCUUACCACCUCAGUCACUGUCAACAGACCUUGCAACUGUUAGUCUUUAGAAGAAUGUUUGUGUUGUGUAAGUUGAAUAGUUUCAACAUUCCCGAUGAUUGAUACUGUAUCUUUUGCAGUUCUUGGACUGAGAAUAGCAUACAACUAUUUAGCUGCACAGUGCUGUAUUAGAAUGCUACUUAAAAAAAAAGAGAAAAAGGUUAAAAAAUUCCAAUGUCAUAAAUAUCCAGGAAGUAAUUUCUGAUUUGGGUCUGGAUUUCUGAGAAGAAAAUAUUUAAUGCUGUCUCAUCCCAACCAAUCCAAUUAAAGUAGAUGCUGUACCCAUAUGGUUAAUACAUUCCAUGGCACACUCCCUUUUAGGCAGUUCCUGACAGCCUGUCCAACAGGUAAGCUAUUAUGGGGUCUGUUAUUUCCUUUUUAAAAAUCAAACAGGAGUAUUUUGAACUUAAAAUGGGGUACCGAAGGCAGGGCCUAAUUUAAAAUGUCACAGGCUGCAGAGGGCACUCUGGUUUGUAAAGCCACCUACAGGAACUCCCAAGGAAAUAAAUGUGGUGUUUGCAUUUAGAUGUUUUACCUUGGGUGAUACAGAAAACCUCCCACCCCAGCAGCCGUAGCACGCCUGGAUGGGCAGCUUCUCUGGGGCCUGAAGCCACACCCCUGCCCUUGGGGCUGCUGGGUGGGAUGGGGCUCUGAGGUGGCCAAGCCAGCAGUACCAGCAGCACUUCAGCCUGUGGGGUGCCCCAAAGGUGCUGUCUGCCCCACUGCCCAGUCCUUCUCUGUCUUCUGCCUUUUCUCUCUCCUCCCUCGAUGUCUCUGCUUUCCAGAAUUGCCACCCAUUAACUGUGGAGCAUUCGAGCAAAGGUGCUUUCUUUGAACCCCCUUGUUGCCGUCAGGAAUGUGCUGACUAAAGCAGCAGGUGUUGCUGAUGGAGAAGCAGCCAGACUGAGGAGUCUGUCAGAAUGGAGAGCAUGGACUGUUUUGUGAUCGAAAGACACCUUUAAAAUGACAGUCAGCCUCUCUGGUGCUCAACUAUGUUUAUAAAGAAAUCUGCUAUUGCCUGAGCCCUAAUUCAGUGUAAAUAAGAGUAGUCAGUUUGUCCCCAUACGUUUCAGGGUGGUCCUUCUCAGCAGAAUGGGGGACUGUGGGUGCUACAGCAUUAUGCUGGGACAUUUGGUCUAUGGAUAUUGGAUAGUGGGUGAGCAGUGCUUGUACAAGUAACACUGGAAUCAGUUGUUUGGUCAGGUGAGGGCAAGUAGUUGGCUAAUUGUUGCAGUUAGUUUCUGUGCCAAAGAAUUAGUUGGUUGGGGCUCCCACCUGUGUGCAAAGGUGAGAGGGGCAGGGACAGGCUACACUGGGCCCCCAAGUUGGAGAAGCUCCUUCUCAUGCCCCGCUCAGCUCUGCCUGGAGCCUUACUAUGGAGAUGAUACAAUUAAAGGGGUGGGAAAUGGGGCCACUGGUACUGGAGAAGGGAGUAGAGGGAAGAAACUAUCAUCAAAUAGGGAAAUAUUUUGUCUGUGUCUUUUUUUCAAACCUCUACUGUCCCAAGACAAGAAGCUUACUUGGAUUUUAAAGAAAAUGGGAGACUAAGUGUAAGACACAGAUCUUUUGAUGUUUGCAGGGAUGUUUUGAAAUAGGAAUGAGGUAAAUAUUUUUGUAUGAAUGUGCAUGCAGUGAUUACAUUAUUUCUCCAUUACAGUAUGGACUCAGAUCAGCUUUGAUCAAUUGCUUAUAUCCUUGUGGAACAUAGCACUUGAGUUCAGUUUUUUUAAAUGUCUGAGUGACUCAGAAGUUUAGGGACCAAACCAGUAAACUCAUUUGAACCAAAAAUGUAACAGCAAAUGCCUUCAGGGGUGCAUGGUUGAGUGAAAGUUAAACUGGGGAACAAAGGCAUUUAAAAGCAGGGAAAGGGAAGGAAGCAGUCAAAGACCAAGUGGUUGCCAAGAGCAAGGGUUCAGAGAACAGAUGACUUUGUUUCUGUUCUCUCAGGUUAACUGAUGCUCAUUUCCUUUUCAUUAGUACCCUGUCAAACACUCCUAAUUUUGCAGCACAUGAUGUGAAGGCUACUUGGUGAUUUGCUGAGAGUGAGUCAGAUUAUGUGGAGUUGGUCCAUAAUAAUUUUGCAGAAUAUUUCUCUUACAGAAUAUGUAAGGUACUGGCUUUGUCAAAACUGAAAUAUUCUCCAAGAUUCUAAAUGUUGAUUUUGGAAUUUAUUUAUAAUUUCUUGGCUGUUGGAAGUUAGAAUUAAAAAUAAAACUUUGAAUAUGCAUUCCAAA